GUCGCCAGUUUUUCUAUGAAUGCUUCCAUUUUGGAACUACAUGACGGUGGUCAGUGUUAUGUUUCCUUGACAACUACCGUCACCAAUCAGGAGGAGGUUUUUUGGAAGGCCUCACCCCUUCCACUGAAAGCACCUCGAAUUUGUCAAAGUUCACGGUGGGGCCAGUGGGCAGCACAUGUGGUCGGUUUAUAACCUGAACCACAGAAAAAAAUAUCAGGAUUAUCAAGACGUUAAAGGUUUCAGAUUAAGAUUAAAUGUAUUUUUUCUGACCUUUAGAAUGAGUAACAAGACUUCUACAAAGAAUUGAACGGCUAUGGGAUUUUGGGGGUACUUGCUGUUUGGAACGCCAGGGGGGGGGGUUAAGGGGUUACCCUGUCCAGUUCUCAUACAGUCAGUGGUUCAGUCCAGUAAUGCAGCAUUAAGACGGUUUAUAUCUUUUAAGAUAUCUGUUUAAAACAAUAAAGCUGACAUUCAUAACUAUAAUUAUGACUCUCAUUUACAGAAUGAAUUCUGUUCACAUUCUAAUGAUGGCCUGAGGAGACCACGAGGCCCGCCUGGUUUAUCUUGGGUUCUGACGUCAGUCUCUGCUGUUUUAACCUCCCUGUUCUGUUUGUGUCUGAAGCAUUGAUGUUUGUUUCCUUCUGUAUCACUAUUGUUGGAUGUUGAUUAACCUACAUAAGCCAAGCAGACGUUUCAAGAUAAAAAAGAGAGAUAAUAAACUUUAAAAAAAAGUUAAUCAUUUUUGUUACUUUCGAUGCGGGACAGUUUGACCCGACACAGAACAGGAGAGAUAACGCUCCUGUCGACCCCUCCUGCAGUACCACCUCCGACCAGCGCGGUCGCUGUGGGCACAACACUGAGGGAACCUGCAACAACGAAGAAGAAGCUGCGGCUAACCUGGAGCUAGCAAAACACCAGUAAACAACAACGAUCGCUGACGGUAAAGGAUGUCUGCAGACACAAAGAUCGCAGAGCUGCUGACGGAGCUCCACCAGCUCAUCAAACAGACUCAGGAGGAGAGGUCGCGGAGCGAACACAACCUGCUCAACAUCCAGAAGACCCACGAGAGGAUGCAGACGGAGAACAAAACUUCUCCGUAUUAUCGCACCAAACUGAGGGGUUUGUACACCACGGCUAAAGCCGACGCCGAGGCCGAGUGCAGCAUCCUGCGUCGCGCUCUGGACAAGAUCGCCGAGAUCAAGUCUCUGCAGGAGGAGCGGCGGAUCGCCGCCAAGUCUGCGCGGGUUCAGAGUGACAACGACCCCCCCAGGAAGACGAUGCGGCGCGGCGUGCUGAUGACGCUCCUGCAGCAGUCCGCCAUGACGCUGCCGCUGUGGAUCGGGAAGCCGGGAGAGAGCCCCCCUCCCCUGUGCGGCGCCAUCCCGGCCAGCAGCGACUACGUGGCCAAGCAGGGCGACAAGGUGGCGGCGCGGGUGAAGGUGGUGGACGGGGACGAGCAGUGGAUCCUGGCGGAGGUGGUCAGCUACAGCCACUCCACCAACAAGUACGAGGUGGACGACAUCGACGAGGAGGGCAAAGAGAGGCACACGCUGAGCCGGCGCCGGAUCAUCCCCCUCCCUCAGUGGAAGGCCAACCCGGAGACGGACCCCGAGGCCCUGUUCAGCAAGGACCAGCUGGUUCUGGCUCUGUACCCGCAGACCACCUGCUUCUACCGCGCGCUGAUCCACACGCCGCCUCACCGGCCUCAGGACGACUACUCCGUCCUGUUCGAGGACACGUCGUACGCCGACGGUUACUCUCCGCCGCUCAACGUGGCGCAGCGCUACGUGGUCGCCUGCAAGGAGAACAAGAAGAAAUGAGCGCCGCCCGCCAGCCUGCCUGCAGACUUCUCUGAUCCUGCUUCUGUGGAGGGACAGCCUAAACCAAACCUGGUUUCCAGCGCCACCUGUGCUCCAUGAGAGGAACUGCUGCUGGUUUUUGUUCAGUUCAAACUCAGAACCUCUAAAGUGGUUCUUCCUGAGUCUCAUUUACAUGCAUCUUUUCUACUGUAAAAAUUAAGGGCAAAAUUCUUCAUUAACCCUAAAAAGCACAAAAACAGUCAGAAAAAGUACUUAAAAAAACAAAUCAAAGUGAGACUCCUCAACAAAACAAAACGUGGUUCAAUUCAUCAGCUAGAAAAAAGAGGUUGAACCGUGCUGUCGUUUUUAAAAACAAAACAUCAAGUUAAAUAAAAAUAUUUGACUUUUUAAAAUGAUUGGUAUUGAGUUUUAAUUUGUUUUUGUACAUUUUACUGUUUGACUCCAUAAUAAAUGCUUUUACUUUUUAA